AGGACACCAGAUGGCGCUGUCGACUCAUCUUCGUUUUGUCAGACAUGGAAGCGAAAUGCAAUUGACCUACAAGGAUAAUUACCUCCUCCGUGCUGCUGCUGCAGCUCCUCCUCCUCCUGGUUCUCUCUUCCGUCUGAAAGCUGCAGGGCAGGCAUUGCAAUGAGAGCUGCACAGACGGCAAUGAGGGUGUUUGUGAGUAGACGGCUCCCACCAGAGGGGCAGAUACUCUUAUCCCAAGCUGAAAACUUGUCUGUCCAGCAGUGGGAUUCGGAUGACCCGAUACCUAGAGCGGAGCUGCUGAAAGGGGUGACUGGAGUACAUGGUUUGUUUUGUCUCUUAUCAGAGAAGAUAGACCAAGAGCUCCUGGACACAGCUGGGCCAAACCUCAAGGUUAUUAGUACAUUCUCAGUAGGUUUUGACCACCUAGCAAUUGAUGAAAUAAAAAAGCGUAAAAUCAGGGUAGGCUACACCCCGGAUGUUCUAACAGAUGCAACAGCAGAACUGAGCGUAGCACUACUGUUAGCUACCAGCCGCCGCCUCCCGGAAGCUGUACAAGAAGUUAAAAGUGGAGGAUGGAAGGCCUGGUCACCAGUGUGGAUGUGUGGUUAUGGACUAUCAAACAGCACCGUAGGAAUUAUUGGUUUAGGCAGAAUAGGACUGGCUAUUGCCCAACGCCUUAAACCUUUUGGUGUGACAAAGUUCUUGUAUACAGGACGUCAGCCCAGACCUGAGUGUGCUGCAGUGGUUAAUGCUGAAUAUGUGUCGUGCGAAAAACUUACAGAGGAGUCAGAUUUUGUUAUUGUAUCUUGCUCUCUAACACCUGAGACUGAAGGGCUUUGCAACAAGGCUUUCUUUAGCAGAAUGAAGAAAACCUCAGUUUUCAUUAACAUAAGUCGGGGCUCUGCAGUGAACCAGGAAGACCUGUACCAGGCUCUGGUCAGUGGGCAAAUUGCAGCUGCUGGUUUAGAUGUAACUACUCCUGAACCACUUCCAACAAGUCACCCACUGCUCAGCCUGAAGAAUUGUGUUAUCUUACCACAUAUUGGAAGUGCCACCUACAGCACAAGAAACGCCAUGUCUGUGCUUGCAGUAAAUAACCUACUGAAAGGCCUAGUCGGGGAUGAGAUGCCGCGUGAACUUAAACUCUAAAGACAUAACCUUGAAUCCAAGAAUAUGCGUGCACUGUAAACACAGAAGGAUUUUUAGUUCUAUUUAAAUGUGCAGUAAACUUUUUUUUUUUUCUUCACAUUUCAAGGAAUAUGUCUAUAGAGUACUUUUAAUAAAAUAUGGGGAACAACCUG